AUUGGAUUUGUUGAUGAACUGGGCAGCUCUCACUAUUGAUGUGCUGGCAAUCCAUUGGCAUCGUUGCUACUUGUGUAUUCUUCCUUCAUUCCAAAACUCCCACUUCCAAGUUUCAGAAUUCAGAAACAUUGUUAAAUUGCAAAAAUUAAAAUAAAAUUUUGAGGGGAAAAUUGCAAUUUACAUCUUCAUAUUUUUCUUGGUCUUUUUGAAAUUUCUUUCUUUAUGUUAUCUUCACUACUUGUAUACAUUGAUCAAAGCAACCCACUAGAACAUCAUCUGGGUGGUCCCACUUUUCUUCCCAAAUAUGAACAAAUUUCUCCAAUCAUCUGCCCGUAACAGCUCCGUAUUAAUUCUGGGGUUGUAAUUUUGGUUCAAAUUCUUAGUUUAUUGUUCAAUUUUAGUGCAAAUGACUUUGGAUUCAAUACCUGGAAGUUCUGGGUAUUUAGAAUCAUUCCCAGAAAGAAGAUUUACAUAUUUCAGUAAUAAAUAUGUUCUGGGAUUGACUGUUGUUGCUGGAAUUGGUGGUUUGCUAUUUGGGUAUGAUACAGGUGUGAUUUCAGGAGCACUUUUGUACAUCAAGGAUGAUUUCGAAGAAGUCAAAAACAGUAAUUUCUUGCAGGAAACAAUUGUCAGCAUGGCCCAAGUAGGUGCAAUAAUUGGAGCUGCUACUGGAGGGUGGAUAAAUGACGCCUUUGGACGCAAGAAAGCUACACUAUCUGUUAUCGUCUUCGCAGCUGGUUCCGUUGUCAUGGCUGCUGCUCCAGAUCCUUAUGUUCUUAUAUUUGGACGCCUUUUGGUUGGUUUGGCUAUUGGAGUUGCUUCAGUUACUGCUCCUGUUUAUAUCGCAGAAGCAGCCCCUACUGAAGUAAGAGGAGGACUUGUGAGUACAAAUGUGCUUAUGAUCACCGGUGGACAAUUUCUCUCGUACCUUGUUAACCUUGCUUUUACCCAGGUACCUGGAACUUGGCGAUGGAUGCUUGGAGUAUCAGGCGUGCCAGCUGUGGUACAAUUCUUUGGUAUGCUCUUUUUACCGGAGUCCCCACGUUGGCUUUAUCUGAAGGGGGAGAAAGCCAAGGCUGUUGCAGUGCUUUCAAAGAUUCAUGAUCCGUUUAGGUUAGAGGACGAGGUGGAUAAUCUUGCUGCUGCAGCAGAGGAAGAACGUACAAAAAAGAAAGCCAGUGUCUGGGAUGUUUUUGGAAAUAAAGAAAUGAGGCUUGCAUUUAUGGUUGGAGGUGGUCUUCAGGCUUUUCAGCAAUUUGUUGGUAUUAACACAGUGAUGUACUAUAGUCCAACAAUUGUCCAAAUGGCUGGUUUCCGCUCUAACCAGCUCGCUCUUCUGCUCUCCCUCAUUGUUGCUGCCCUAAAUGCAGCUGGAACAGUUGUUGGCAUUUACCUCAUUGAUCGAAUGGGUCGUCGCCCAUUAGCCUUGAUGAGCCUCUCGGGCGUGUUUGUAUCCCUCAUAAUCUUGGCUAUUUCCUUCUUUCUUCAUUCCACUGGAGUCCUUGCUGUUGUGGGACUCGCCUUAUAUAUCGUUUUCUUCUCUCCUGGGAUGGGACCUGUGCCCUGGACUGUGAACUCCGAGAUUUACCCGCAAGCUUACCGAGGCAUAUGCGGGGGUAUGGCUGCUACUGUGAACUGGAUAUCCAAUGUUAUCGUCUCAGAAUCGUUCCUUUCAAUUGCUGAUGCUGCAGGUACCGGUGUUACUUUCCUUAUACUUGCUGGUAUCGCUCUUCUCGCGAUUGUGUUUGUAGCAUUAUGCCUUCCGGAGACAAAGGGAUUGGCGUUCGAGGAAGUUGAAGAAAUAUGGAAAGAGAAGGCUUGGGGCCGUUCAUCUAAUACCCAGAGACUUCUUGAAGGUGGAACCAGCCAUGAAAAUGAUGUAAAUAAUGGUGAAGACAAGUCCUAGUUUCCGUCCCAAGUUCUGUUGUUGAUCUAGGAGACUAAGACAUACUCGUUCUGAUGAUUCUUUUUCUCUCCAAGAAUGCUAUAUUGACCCUGCAAUUGUAUCCUUUUUUGUUAUUAUUAUUCCUAUAUUUCUGAUCAUGUAAUAUUGUUGUUGUUAAGACCACUAUUGUAUUUAUUUGCAUGUAAAAACUUGUUAACAAAAAGAAAGUGCAAUUAUAAUUGUUGGUAAGGUCAUUGAUAAA